UUUAUCAUAUCAUCAUCCUCUUCUUCUCUCUUUCUUUUUUCAGCUGCUUGUCUUCUUAUAGUUUCACUUUGUUUUAUAUAUAUACAUAUCUCUCUUUUUUUCUUUUCCAUUCUAUAUAUAUAUAUAUAUCUUUGUUUUAUUGGGAUUACAAAUACUGAAUAGUGCAACCAUGGGUGAUCAACAAGAGUCCAUAAACUUGCCUCCAGGUUUUAGAUUCCACCCAACUGAUGAAGAGAUCAUCACUCACUACCUCUCUCCAAAAGUCCUUAACAAUUCCUACACCACAAGAGCCAUUGGUGAGGUUGAUUUGAACAAGUGUGAGCCUUGGGAUUUACCAAGUAAAGCCAAGAUGGGAGAGAAAGAAUGGUACUUCUACUGCCAAAAAGAUAGGAAGUAUCCUACAGGGAUGAGAACUAAUAGAGCUACUGAAUCUGGUUAUUGGAAAGCCACAGGCAAAGACAAGGAAAUCCUUAGAGGAAAAGCUUCUCUUCUUGUUGGCAUGAAGAAGACCCUUGUUUUCUACAGAGGUAGAGCUCCUAAAGGUGAGAAGACCAAUUGGGUCAUGCAUGAGUUCAGGCUUCAUGCCAAGUCUUCUUCCAAGGAUGAAUGGGCUGUUUGUAAGGUAUUUCAUAAGAACAAUGGAGUGAAGAAGAACACAUUAAUGGUGAACUCAAGAGGAGAAGAUCAGCUUUUGGAUUAUACUUCAUUAUCACCAACUUUACCACCUCUCACUGAUGAUCAAGGUUUCAUUCCUUGUAGCAGUAACAACAAUCAAAGCAUGAUGAACACUGUUUAUAACUGCUAUUAUCCUCAAGUUGCACCUCAAAACAGUUAUUUUCAACCCUCUGGACUUGAUCAAGAAGCCAUGUUAAGAGCUUGUGGAUUUGGCAAGGAGUGCAAGAUGGAACAAGUUUCAUUGAGCCAAGACACUGGAUUAAGCACUGAUCGAAAUAUCGAUGAUUUUGAUGAUCCUUGUUCUUCUGCUCAGGUUCUUGAUUUUGAGAGCUUGUGGAAGUAUUAAAGCAAAAUGCAUGCAUGGUUUUUCAUUCAUUGUAGUUGUUCAUCUUUUAAUUUGUUUCUUGAUUGCUGAGUUUUUUUUUUCUUUUUUUUUUAUUUAGUUAAUUAUAUUUCUGUCAUUUGUAAAUAAUACAGAAUUAAUGAUUGAAGUUUUAUAGGGAUGAUUUAGAGAUGUUGAUGAA